GUGCCUCUCAAGACCCCUCCUCCUCUGCAAGACCCCUCCUUCUUUUCCCACAACAUCCUCCGGACUCCGCCUUCUUGGGGACUCCACGGCUUGCAGUCAUGGCGACCGAUAUGACGAAACCCAUUCUGGACGCCUUGUCCGCGUCCGACGCCUCCAUCCUCUCCAGCGAAGCCUUCCCCUCCACCCCCUCACUAAAUAUCAAGGCUGCGCUCGACCGUCUAGCCUCCCGACAGAUGGUCGAGUAUGACACCAUCGAAAAGGAAAUCACCGUUCUGACGCCGGAGGGUGAGGAGAUUGCCACCAAUGGCAGUCACGAGGCCAAGGUUUUCCAGGCCGUGCUGGCGGCUCUGGAUGGAUUGAAGAUUGGCGACCUCCCCGGUGUGGUCGGCAAGGACACCGCCAAGGUCGGCCAGGGCAAUGCGUUCAAGAAGGGCUGGAUCAAGAAGGACAAGGACGUGCUGCGGGCGGCGACCGAGACGAUCGUCGACGAGACCCGCGAGCUGCUGCUGACGGUGCAGAAGACGCAGUCGGUGGCCGAUGCGAAGGCCCUGACGGACCUGAAGCGGCGCAAGCUGGCGACGGUGCAGAAGGUGAUCACCUUCCAGAUCGCCAAGGGCCCCAAGUACGCCCGCGAGUUCGUCAAGGAGGAGACCGACCUGACGGCGGAGAUGCUGAUGAACGGCUCGUGGAAGACGGCGCAGCUGAAACCGUACAACUUCAAGGCCAAGGGCGCGCCCACCCCGGCGGGCACCUUUCACCCGCUGAACAAGGUGCGCCAGGAGUUCCGCAACAUCUUCUUCGAGAUGGGCUUCGAGGAGAUGCCGACCAACCGCUUCGUCGAGACGGGCUUCUGGAACUUCGACGCCCUCUUCGUGCCCCAGCAACACCCCGCCCGCGACCUGCAAGACACCUUCUACAUCGCCGACCCCGUCAAGGCCGACCCCCCGCGCGAGGACCCGGCCAACGACCCGCACCAGAUCAAGACCCUCCAGCCCACCACAUCCUCCUCCUCUUCGUCAUCGUCGUCGACAAAACCCCUCGACUACAAGCAAUACUGGGACGACGUGCGCGCGGUCCACGAGACCGGCAAGUACGGCUCGAUCGGCUACCGCUACCCCUGGGACGCGGACGAGGCGCUGCGCCUGGUGCUGCGCACCCACACGACCUCCGUCUCGACCUACGUGCUGCACAAGCUGGCGGCCAACCCGCGGCCCGCGCGCUACUUCAGCAUCGACCGCGUCUUCCGCAACGAGGCCGUCGACGCCACCCACCUGGCCGAGUUCCACCAGAUCGAGGGUGUCAUCGCCGACUACGGUCUCACGCUGGGCGGCCUCAUCGGCUUCAUGGAGGUCUUCUUCGCCAAGAUGGGCAUCCACCAGCUGCGCUUCAAGCCCGCCUACAACCCCUACACCGAGCCCAGCAUGGAGAUCUUCGGCUACCACAAUGGCCUGGGCAAGUGGGUCGAGAUCGGUAACAGCGGUAUGUUCCGGCCCGAGAUGCUGGAGCCCAUGGGCAUCCCCAAGGACAUGCGCGUGUACGGUUGGGGUCUGAGUCUGGAGAGACCCACGAUGAUCAAAUACGGCGUCAGCAACAUCCGUGAAUUGCUGGGCCACAAGGUCGACCUCAACUUCAUCGAGAGCAACCCGGCCGUCAGAUUGGAGAAGGACUAGGGGAGGAAAAAGUGCAGCCAGCAAUAUAGAUACCUAUCCCGAAGGGUGGGCAGAUAGAAAAACAUCCAAAAACCGGGGGGCUCCAGCAUCAUAACCUAAAGCUUUUUAUUCUGUUGUUGAAAUGCAAAAGACGUUUGAAUGUAAUGGUGCUGCCUUCUUUACUUUCUUUUCUCGUCUUGAUAUGAUGAUAUAAAAGACUACCACAAUUUCAGAUCACGAGUUACGUUACGCGGACGCCCACCGACUCGGGAAUCAGACAA